GACUUGGAUGGAGACGAGUACUCAGUCAUCUGGUACCCACCACUCAUCUUCCAUAAAAAUGAUGAUCCAAUGGACUUUUAUGACGACGCAGCUGUGGAAAAUGAGGGGCCUGUUCAGGUGGAGGACAUGGUCGACUUCCUGUGCAAGUACAUCCAGCACGACGUUGUAGGCCUCAUCAGUAACGCGCACCUUGCCUGGGCCGACUGGCUGCGCGAAGGGGUCAAGUCGAACAUGUGCCAGACCCUGGCUCGCAAAGUGUCGCGUGCCGUCGACUUCGCCAAACUGGGACGGCCAGAGAACCUGUCCAUGAGUGAGAAGCCCGCUGCCUAUCCGGACUUCAUGCAGAAGCACUGUGAGAAGGACACGUACCUGUCCCGCAGUGCGCUCGGCAAACUCUACCGCAAGCUGGGCGGCAUGGUAUUGGAGAGCGUGGGACCCGUGGCAGACGUGCAGCCCGACUCUCGGCUCAUCGUCGAGGGACACGAGGAGCACAUGGAAGUUGCGAGGCAAGCUCUGGCGAGGUAUCGGCUACGAAUCCGGUCACUUCUGGCCACGUACGGCAUCACUUCGGAGAUAGAGGCGCUAUCUGGUGCCGUGAUGACCAUGGAUCCCCGCAUCUCUGAGAAGCACGACCACACUGACGUGGCUGUGGUUGUGGAAUAUCAGGUCAAGCACAUCAUGGCACGUGCACGUGACGAAUUCCUCGAAGGUCUUGGCACAGAUUACAGGGAGGCGAAGCGUCGUGCAUCGGCAUGGUACUGCUGCGCCUACGAACAAGGCGCGCAGGCCGAAGGGUUUGCCUGGUGCGUGGCGAGCGAACUCUUGGACAUUCUGCAGUGCGCAGCUCCGACAGACGGACCAACGAGGGGAAGUAUACGAGACCGCGUAACCCACGCCUUGAUUCCACGGGAGGACCAGGCGGACGUUCCUUUCAAAACUGCCCUUUUUAACAACGCCCUGAGACUUCUGAAACGUUGGCUCAGGGGCAACAAGGAAUUCCUGUGGAACACUGAUGGAGACGCGGCGGCGCAUUACUUGAAACACGUGGCGCGCGUGUUGCAGAAAACCCUGGAACAGCUCGAAACGAACUUCGGGCUCGCGCGCAUCCGAAAGCAGCCCAGCUUGGUUCUCGUGAACAUCCUCAAGAACCUGGUGCUUUGUGUGAAUCCCAAAAGUGGCAAGAUGGAGUUUGCCUUGGCUGACCUGGCGGAGCGGACGCUCUUCCGACUUCUCUACCCCGGCGAGGCGGUGGAAGAGGACAUUCCUCUGGAGUCGGUGACACCUGUGGGACCGACGCAGACUCAGGUCGUGCUGCUGCCAAUGAGAGAUGACGACGACUUCUUUCUGGCGAUAGAGCGACAGGAGAACCGGUUCCGGGGCCUGUUGCGGAAAUGGAUGCAACUUCAGAAGGUUGCGAUUAUGAUCUGGCAGGAUGCUCGAGGCGACUGGUUCUUCAAGCUCAUGGUGACCGGGAGCCCGUGGGCACUUGACAGGCUAAAGCAGACCAUAAUCCACGAGAGAUUUCACGACGAGCUCAAGAAAAUCCUCUUGGAACACGAUGACAAAGACGUGGUUGAAGAAAAGGAGUAUUGAAUGUGCAUUUCACGGCAGGAUCAUGCCUUUCGCAGCAAGGUGCAGUUUAUGUUGUAGAGCCUUUAAUGGGUUAAUGCGCAUAGCCAUUAAAUGAAUGCAUUUGGCAAGAGAACUUGAGACGCUAAGUAAAUAAUUAGCUGUUCCAUGAUGACCUGAAGAGAAUCCAUUUGUACAAAGUGUAUAUCAUCAAGCGAUACUUCCUUCAACUGGUUGAUGAAUCUCUUGGCAGGACUGAUGCUUUUUGCAGUAUAGCUGGUUGUAUGGAGCUUUAAUAAAUUGUUUGCACGGCUGGUAAAGAAGGGCGCAACUGCAAGUUGUUAUAAAGUAAACCAUUUGCUGUUUGCCAAAUAAUGCUGAGCUGAGCUCAAUAAAACAGACUUACGGGCUAGUUGGUAGGAUAUAAUUCACGCAAUAGUGCUCUUGCCCCGUCCAUGUGGUUGGCGCUAUUGCAUUAACUAUACAUGAAGGUUUGUUCAUAUGGUGGAGUUAAGCUAACAAAAGAAAUGUCAGGUUGCUUGUGUCAUCUUAUUCAACCAGGAAACUUCUUUCUGAGAAAUCCUUAUGGAUUUUGUUGUAGUAUUAUGCACAAACGGGGAGAUGGCAAGUUGUUUUUUCAUAAUCUUAACGCUCCUGCCGUAAUACACGAGUUGCGAACAUUUGUCGCACAAAAACCGGAGAUUAAUAGAGAAAACUAGAUAAUUAACGAAGGAUCAUUGUAUUUUAAACUUAUUACAUCAUUUUUCAUAUUUAUACAUGUUCAUGUUUUGAUGCACUUGAUUUAAGCCUCUUGGAGAAAUCCAGUUCAAUUAGGAAAGUGUGCAGUCUAUGACAAGCAAGUUCAAAAAGUUCUGUACAGUCUAAAAAGCAACCUGGUAGAUUAGAGUGCAGUACUUGUUGUCCUAAUCUUGCUUUUAACUUUUAUCAUAUUGUGGCUUUGGCACAUAUCCCAGAAAUUAUUACUACAUUAUUUAUAUGCUUUUAACUCUGCAUGACAUAUGCUCAAUUUUAGUGCGUUUAUGCUGUGCCAACUUGUGUUAAAGGGCCCCUAAACCAUCUUCGAUAAAUCUUUAACAUUUCAAGUAAACGCGUGCAUUGAGUUCAGAAUGCCAUCACAAUGAACAAUGCUAAACGCGGCAGUGCUACGGGCCGCAGGUGCGCCAGAAAUUCCAAUAAGCAAGCCCUUCUCCUCCGUAGAGCUCUCGGUAAUCUUCAGCGUUGGCCAUGAUGUCACCACUCGCGUCUGGUCACGUCAGCAACAAAAACAGUAUGUUUGUCUGCUUGCAGGUACGCGCACUCGCCGCUCUCUCCUUCUUGCUCAGUGAGGAGGAACACUCAGCCAAGAGGAGAGAUGAGCCGACGAACAGAGCGUAGCGAAGGAAAGAGCGAAGCGAGCUAGGGCUACUUUUGGAUCAUCACCAGCGUGUAACUCCGAUAUUACGGCACAGUUUCAAAAAAUUCUCGUGGCUAUGUUUUUGUUGAAGACUCGUUCACAACUGCAACGCCACAAAUAAAUUUUGACCUCUGGGUGGUUUAAGGGCCCUUCAAGACGUAGUAGUCAAAGCAUAUAGCAGAGUCUUGGUAAACGGAAGUUGCUUAAACGGAACAGUUGCUGUAAGUUGGUUAGUUUUGUGUUUAGCAGCUGCUUAUCUUUUUAUUACCGAAACUCCUGCUAUAUGGAAGAUAUUUUGCUGGUGCCUUCAUGUUCUGCUUAGCAAGACUACUUAAUAUUAAGACUUCAUGGUUUCUGUGGAAAUUUGAAAAGACAGCUCAGAAGGAUGUUAAGAAUUCUGAUGUCAAAUUUCAGAACAUCACCUUGUGAUGCACAAAGCGAAAAAAUAAUUUGCUAUUUUUACUGAUAAACACAUCCCUAGUUUUGAGAUUUUCAAAUAUGAAAAUGUGGUUGUGCCUCUUCCUUGCAACAAGCACCUCAUUAAUUUUUAUGGGGAGGGGAGGGGGGUGGAUUCUUCAGGCUAUCGAAUCCGUUGUCAAGCUGAGCCUCUGUGUGAGAUUAUCAUGCUCAAGUAGCUUCUGUGUUGGCAAUGAAGCUUAGUUGUGCACUUUGAAUUGAUGCUGGAACCUUGGUGUGCUUUGUACAAGAAUUUGCACAAGAAUUGUUGAAGAUAACAGCCAGCCUUCUGCGCAAGAUUGGUAUGAAAUUUACCGUGUGCUUUUAUGCGGGUGAGAGCUCCUCAAAACCUUCAUAUAUGCUGUCCAGACAGUGAUCAGUAAAAACAUUUCCAGGCUUGAUGUGAGCCUAAAAGUAUUACUGAAACAAUGUGCACUUCUGAACAUUUACCCAUGAGUGAUGCUUCAUUGAAGCAUUGUAGAAGUUGGGAAAGAAAAUUAGACAACCAGUCAGAAGUUUGUGCGUCCUCACAGCUGCUUUUAUUUGAAUAAUUGCGUAUCAAAAUCAACCUAAGGGCAAAUUUUGCGUAGUCUCGCUGACAAAGUGGCAGGCGUACCAUAGACGAUGCCUCAAGAGCUUUAUUUUUCAAGAUGCCAUAAUGUUCCACACAAUGAUAAAAUGAGCCUGAAGGUGUGGUCUUGAUUUCAUACAAUGUAUGCCAUGAUUCGUUGAAGGGUUCUGCCUGAGAUGUCUAAUGUGUUGAAAAAACUGCAGAUAAAAAAUUGGCAGUUGUUUCUCGGGGGCCCCAUAACAAAAGAAUUAGUGUUCUCAGCUCAGCCAUAAAGGUGUCUGAAAGCCAAACUUCCUGUUCGUGUGAGACCACCUGCGUGCCACCGUGUCCGAUUUGGUAGGUGAGAGCGCAAGUUAUUCUGGCCACAUUAAACAUAAUUUCGGGACUUACGUGUACUGGGCAGUCUCCUACACAGGCACCACUGUGUGUGCAGGUUAUUGUUAUGCAAUGGGGAUAUGCUCCAUAUGUUCGUCGAUAGGCUUGUGUCGCAAUCCAGUUCUCACGAUAUUUUGUUACCAGAGUGUAUGUACAGCAUGUACUCCUGUUGUACAAAACGUAGCAUUGCCAUAGCGACAGUAUCCAAUUUCCCUCGUAGUGCUAUGCUCCAGAUGAGAAACCAGCUUAUGGAAGUGACAUGAUAAAGAUGUCAAUUCUUAUGAUAUAUGUGCAGUAGGAGAUACUCUUUCGUACGGUCAUAUGUUCAAGCAUCGUUACUGCAAUGUGUGCUUGAGCACAUGCAUUUGCACCUCGUGAACUACGCUCUUUCGAGAAACUAUUUUGCACUUUGCUGUAAUUGAAAUGCUGGAAGUAGAAAUGAGGUCCUACUAUCGUGCAGUGUUUCUGCAUGUGCGCUUCUGAUUUCAACACUGCCAUUUGGUGUACCAUUUUAACGAGAUGAACGAUUGCACCCGUGACAUUGCCAUAUUCGAAUGAGUGAUACUUCCUUUUCUGCUUCAAAAAAAGGCAAGGCUUCACGAGUCAUACAGGGGCUUAUGUAUGAACUCUUUUCUUUUUUUUACAUGUGUGACAUUCUUUUGUUGUGCAAUUUUUGCUUUUGGAUGAGCCCAGAGCUUCAUGGCAUUGAAUG